UUAGUGAACCGACGUUGAAUGAGAUCAGCCCAUAAUCUAACUUGUAACCUUGACAUUUCCGUUUGAUAUUCUAAUUUAGAAAAUUGGGAAUCAAAAGAAGUUUCAAUGCGUUAAUCAUGCAAUACAAUAAAAAUUGUCAACAGUAAAUAAAGUCAGUUUUCGUAGUCAAAUUUACUAUAAUGGCACUUAAAAUAAAAAUAUUGUAAACAGUAAGAAAGUAAGAAAGGCUUUAAACAAAAAUUGAGUCACUAUUGCAAUCCAGAAAUUUUAAUACUAUUUCAUCAUACAAUACAAAGGACAAUGUUCAAAAGGCAGGCGUUAAAUCUUUUAGAACAUCCAGAAAAAGCAAAAAGCUGGAUAUCAACAUUUGAUAACGUUUUAUGUGACUGUGAUGGAGUAUUAUGGCUUUAUGAUAAGGAGAUUGAAGGAAGCGUAAAAGUAGUUAAUCGGUUAAAACAAAUUGGAAAAGGAGUGUAUUUUGCAACAAAUAAUUCAACAAAAACACGACCGGAAUUCCUUGAAAAAGCAAUUCGAAUGGGAUUUAACAUGAAAGAAGAUGAAAUACUAUCCACAGCUUAUACAGCCGCACAGUAUCUUAAAAAUCGUAAUUUUAAUAAAAAAGUCUACGUUAUAGGGUCAACUGGUAUAACAAAAGAACUGGAUGCUGUUGGUAUUAAACAUACAGGAGUUGGCCCAGAUUAUCUAGAAACAAAUUUAGCAAAUUUUUUAAAUAACAAAUUUGAACAGGAUGAUGAAGUAGGUGCAGUAAUAGUUGGAUUUGAUGAAUAUUUUAGUUUCCCAAAAAUGACAAGAGCAGCAUCUUACUUAAGUAAACCAAAUUCCAUAUUUAUUGCAACGAAUACAGAUGAAAGAUUUCCAAUGCCGAAUUUCGUCGUACCUGGUACUGGAAGCAUUGUAAAGGCUAUUGAAACAUGUGCUGAAAGAAGUGCCGUCGUGAUGGGAAAACCUAAUGCUAAUAUGUGUGAACCAUUAUUAGUAGAUGGAAAAAUUACUCCGGAAAGAACGUUAAUGGUUGGAGAUAGGUGUAAUACUGACAUACUUUUUGGUAAUAAUUGCGGUUUUCAAACUCUUUUGGUUGGCACAGGAAUACAUAACCUUGACGAUGUAAGCUGUUAUAAAAAGUCAAAUGAUGAAGAAACACAUAAAUUGAUCCCUGACGCUUACCUUCCAAAGUUUGGAGACUUGCUGCAAUUUUUGCUGUAAAAUCAUGUAUGCUAAUAGAAUUAUGUUCUGCUAAUAACAAGUAGCUAAGUAUACAAUUUUUAACAUACUAGCCACGAGGCUUAUUGGAUUGUUUUUUUAAAUAAAUUUUUUUGUUAAUAUUGGGCAGAGAA